AUGAUACAGAGUGAAAAGCAAAGACAUAAUGGUGAUGAGGAGGCUGUCAAAGAACUGUGUAUUGCCAAUGGGGUGUCUUAUGAGAAGAUACCCCAGGAAGGUAGCAGCAUCACAGCCCUGGAGGUGUUCUUCUCAGGUUAUCCUCGUAUGGUUGGCCUCUCCCUUUUUCCAAGGCUGUGCCAGCUCACAUUGGUAGGCCAGAGUAUCAGUCACAUCAAGGGCCUUGAGUCCUGUCCCCUGCUUCGGGAGUUCUGGGUGGUGGAAUGCCAGCUGACAGACAUUUCUGGACUUCAGAAUUGCCAUCAGUUACAGAAGCUGUACCUCUAUGACAAUCAGAUCAGUAAGAUUGAGAAUUUGGAGUCACUUGUCAAUCUACAGGUGCUGUGGCUUAACAAUAACUUCAUCACUCACAUAGAGGGAUUAAACAGACUUCAAAAGCUGAGAGAGCUGAAUUUAGCUGACAAUAACAUUGAGAAGAUAGGACACAGUCUUGAUCCUAAUAUCAGCAUUGAAAAUCUGAAUUUAUCUGGGAACAAGAUCUGCUCUUUUAAGGAGCUGACCCUCCUGGCCCCAUUGACCUGUCUGAGAGAGUUGGGACUGAAGGACCCCCAGUCAAGUCCCACCCCAGUAUGUCUGCUGUGUAACUAUGCCACCCACGUGCUCUACCACAUGCCAGGCCUCCAGCGGCUUGACACCUACGACGUCUCCAGCAAGCAUUUGAAGGACGCUGCUGAGUCCACUGUGAUUAAGAAGAUGAUGUACUACAACAUGCGUGUGCGGACAGCCCAGAGGAACCUGGCAGAGACCCAGGCCAAUCUGCUGGAGAACAAGAGGAAUCUCUUACAGCUGCCAGAGGACCGCAUCAGAGCUCUCAAUUAUGCCCUCAAAAACCUGGAGUGUGAGCUGUCGGAGGUUGAGGGCUCAGGGGACCGCAGUGACACCCUUGCUGACAUCACCCGCGACCCCGGCCUGGAACACAAGAUCCUCUCCAAGCUGGACACCCUGAAGGAGAGGUUGCAAUUUUGGAACAGGAAGCUGGAGGAGAUUGAGUCCUGUUACCAGCGGGACUUGGCCCAAGCCACCAAAAGGAACGAGAUGAUGGUCUACUUUCUGCUGAUGGAGCUUGAGACAGUGGGGAAUAUUCGGUUUGAAGAGGGCUGCUCCACAGACCCCUGGUUCACUUCCUGUUAUGACCUUCUGCUCUCACGGUUCUGUGCGUGGGACUACAAGGCUCAUGGCAUCACUGGCAUUAAGAUCAACCGUAUCAUCCGCAUCCAUAACCGUUCUCUGCGGCUUCGUUUCGAGGACAAGCUUCAUACCCUGUUGGCCAGCGAGGAGUCGACAAUGUUCUCACAGAAUUACAAACGCUGGCUGGAGUACCUGUUCUAUGUGUCUGAUCCUGAAAGAACCAGUGAGAAGAAUGAGAUGUUGCACAUUCCAGAGGACGGCUUUAAAACAGCAGAUAUGUAUAAGGCCCUGGGCAGAGAGAGAGCUGUACCCUUGUCUAACAGCCUGAGUGUGAUGGACAGCCCCAGGAUUCAGUACACACAGCGACAGGCCAACCAAGGCACCUCCAAGCAGAGCAUAGACCCUCUUCUUUUCAGACAUGGUCAGCUCAUAGUGUCCAAAGUGUUCCUGGGCCGCAGCUUCCCCAUCCAUGAAGGGGAUUCAGUGGACGCCCUCAACUACCCCAAAGCUCACUCUGUUUACCGCAAUGUGAGCCCAGAGCAGGUCCAUAAGACAAAUGGAGAGAGGCCUUGCUCCUCCAAGAUCCACAGUGGCUGUGACUGCAGUCUGAGACAGAGUCAGUGGUUUGUAUUUGACCGUGAGCUUGUCCUGCCGGAGUACCUCAUCGACUUUGAGUAUAUCUCGCAGGACCGAGCACAGCCUGCGUUCCCAGAGCCCAACAGCAGAGGCACAGACGACACCCCUCCCAACGAUAUCAACCUGGACGAGGAAACUCUAAACAUGGAGCCCAUGCUCAAACCGCGGCCCAAGCUGCUGAGCCUGGACGAGAAGACUUUACUCAAUGUAGCCAGGGCCAACGUCCUCAGUCAGAUUACAGUGUUGAAUCUCCAUGGCAACAGCCUGAGUAAGCUGAAGGAGAUCUCUCGUCUGACAGCCCUGCGCCGCCUGACUAUCAGCUUCAAUGAGUUUACACAACUAGAUGACAUCUCCCACAUGCCCAACCUGGAGUUUGUGGACGCCAGCUACAACCACCUGCUGACCCUGGAGGGGCUGAGGGGUCUGGGGCGGCUCAAUCAACUGGACCUGCGCUGGAACCAGCUGACCCGCGCUAGGGAGGAGACUGCUGUGCUCCGGAAACAUGCCCCCACCCUGCUGAGACUGGACACCCGCCACAACCCCUGGCAUAGGCCCGAGGCGGUAAGGAUGACGGUUCUGGGACGUCUGAUUAGCCUUACACACCUGGAUGACAUGCUGGUGACAGAGGAAGAGGCAGGCGCUGCUGUUCAGAUGGCUGCAGGCUCCAGAAUCAGCCAGGCAUCUCUGCUGGCCCACUCCCGGACGGACAGUGAGCGUCCCCGCAGUCUCAGCCUGCUCUCUGCAGCCCAGCUCCUGGAUCAACUCAGCCCCUCGCCCUGGGACAUCACUGGAGACCUAGAGCAAGGCUGGACCACCAAGAUCACAGCCCUUAACCUUGACAGCCAGAGGCUCUCCAGGCUCACCAACCUGGACAAACUGGUCAACCUGCGCUGGGCCUCCUUCAAUGACAACAACAUCUCUAAAGUGGAGGGUCUGGACAACUGCCAGCAUCUAGAGGAGCUGUCCCUCAACGACAACUGCAUCUCUAGGCUAGACGGUGUGUCCAAACUGCACCAGCUCACUAAGCUCAGUGUGAAUGGGAACCAGCUGUCCUGUCUGGACGGCACUGUCCUGGACCGGAUGCCCAACCUCCACUUCUUGUCUGUGGAGAACAACUGCAUUGGCUCCCUGAACGGGGUGCAUAGGGCCCGCUCACUAUUCGAGCUGUACAUAGGCAACAACAUCAUCACCUCCACACGAGACAUCUACCACCUAAAGGCUUUGACAAACUUAAUCAUUUUGGAUCUGUAUGGUAAUCCUUUAGUGGAGAAACUGGAAAGCUAUAGGAUUUAUGUGGUGUUCCAUCUACCCUCUCUAAAGGCACUGGAUGGGGUUGCAGUGGAAAUGACGGAGUGUGAAAAUGCCAAGGAUGUGUUUGGUGGACGCCUGACCCCUGACAUGGUGGCAGAGAAACUGGGACACUCCAACUACUCCGACGUCGUUGAUCUCAACCUGCAGUCCAGUGCCAUCAGUAUGGUGGACCUGGCCCCAGCAGACCUGUUCCACAACAUGCGCAGUGUCAACCUGGAGCACAACAACCUCACCUCCUUCAGUGGCCUUGUCUACCUGCCCAACAUCAAGGCACUAUGUUUGAACUAUAACCACAUAGAAUCCAUCCUGCCCAGGCAGAAGGCCCAGGCCCCCCUGACUAACAGACAGAUUCUCUACCACAAGGUGAACUCCAGUGGCUAUGGCCAGCAGGGCUCAUCAAAAGGCAGCAGGGAAGUGGGUCCUGUGGACAGCCUAGAGCCACUAAUGAGCAGCCUGGAGGUGCUGCAUUUGAGCCACAAUGGCAUCUCAAAUAUGGCCAAUCUGCAGCUCAGCAGGCUCACAAAUCUCAAAGCACUCUUCCUCCAAGGUAAUGAGAUCAGCCAGGUGGAGGGCUUGGAGGGUCUGCAUCAGCUCCGGGAGCUGGUCUUGGACCGGAACCGGAUCAAGGCCCUGGGGGAGAACUCCUUUUUUGGUCAGGCUUUUCUGCUGGAGCUGCACCUGGCAGAGAACCGCCUCCGGGAACUUAACCACCUCCAACCCCUUACCGAGCUGAGGAGGCUGUUCCUGGGCAUGAACAAACUACAGGACAUCUCAGAGCUGGACAAGCUAGAAGUCCUUCCCUCCCUGAUUGAGCUGUCAGUUGUAGGGAAUCCUGUGGCCCGGCGAUCCCUCCAUAGGCCGGCAGUGGUACUACGCCUCUCCAGACUGCAGGUUCUGGAUGGGGUGAUGGUCACCCUGGAGGAGAGGACCAGGGCUGAGCUACUCUGCACAGAUGUCCAGUGCCCAAUGGCUCAUGGGUCCGGCAUGGAUAUGAACCUGCCUGGCCUGCUUCCCCUCAUGUCCCGAACUGCCCCUCUGCGGGGGACCAGUCUGAGUGGAGGACUGCAUCUGCAGCACUUCCUGGGUCAUGAGAUCGUGAUGCCCUGCAACUUGGAUGAAGCACUGCCCCAUGACACGCCCAAACACAAGAAGCAAAAACACAGCAGCGCUGCCAACCACGCCCGCAGUGCCCAGGCAGAGAUGACCUUUAGGCAGAUCAGAGGAAUGGCAAGUACCCUGCCAUCCACCGGCCUCCUUCCUAACGGGUACAGGGUCCUGAUUACCAACCUCGAGCAGGACAGCAGAUUCCAGAGUGGUGGUGCUCCUAAACCCCCACCCAUUUAGCACCCCAGGGGUUUGGGCAGAGGAAUGGGGGACACUACUGUGGGCACAAGGAAGUAGAGAAAUGGGAGGAUCCUGAUACUCCUGUUUAGGUCAUUGCACACAUGCAGAGUAAGAGUGGGAGGUAUUGUUCAGCUGAAUUCGGUUCACUUCUGCUCCAUAGACUGUAGAUUAGUGAACUGCGGAUAACCCCCUUUCCUUUAGUUUGUCUAUUUAUAAAUGUACACUGAAAAAAAAUAUCAACUCAACAUGUAAAGUGUU